AUGGCAAAAACUCUUGCAAGUACUUAUCGUAAAAAAACUGGCGAUGAGAAGAGAAUUAAAUUACAAGGAGCAUCAUUUAUAUCAUCUUCAUCGUUAUCAUUAUCACCAUCUCUCAACGAUGAUAAUACAGCGAUAUCAACGAAUCCCCAAAUAAACUUGGAUUUCGAAAUUCUUGGCUCAAUUAAGCAAGGAAACGAUACAUGUGAAUUGCGGAAUAUAUGCAUACCAAUACCAGUCAACAAUCCCGAUCCUUCAUUACUUAUAUUUCCACGUUGUUAUGAGAUUACUCAGUGUGUUGGAUCAUGUUGUGAUGCCUCUGAACGUUGUAGUCCAAUUACGACUGAAUAUCUCCGAAAGCCAAUCGUCGAAAUGAUCUAUAAUGGAAAUAAUCGUUUCAUUAUCAAUCGAACAUUAAAUAUAACCAUGGAACGACACUUAGCAUGUAAUUGUCGUGAUUGUUUUCAAGAACAAUACCGAUCCAGUUGUACAAAAGCUCAAGUUGUUGGACCUAACUGUAAUUGCCAAUGCCCUAAUCAAGCGGAGAAGCGGAAAUGUGAAAGUUAG